AUGGCCCUGCUGUGCGGCCGCCUCCUGACGGUCGCCAACCUAGGCGACGCCGACGCGGUGGUGGACACCAGCACGGAGGUGUUCCUGGCGACUGUCAACCACAGGAUCCAGUCCAACCAUGCGGAGAGGGCCCGGUUGGAGGAGGCGGGGGCCUACCUGGCCCCGGCGUCGGCCGUCUUUCCAGGGCCCGCGCUGCCCGGUGAGGGCUCGCCUGGGCCGCUGAGGUGCUGGCCGGGCGGAUCGCUGGUGUCCAGGGCAGUGGGGGACGUGGAGUGUGGGGAGUGCAUCCUGUCCUGGCCGCACCUGUGCCAGAUGACGCUGCCAAAGGUGGGUGCCAGGGUGGUGUUAGGCUCGAGCGGCCUGUGGGAUCUGGUGCACUGGAAGGAGGCCGCAUUAGAGGUGCGUGGGACACCGCUUGAGGGCGCUGCCUCACGGCUAAUCCAUACAGCGAUGCAACAAGCGGGCAGUUCCAUACAGGACGAUGCCAGUGCUCUGGUGGUGGACGCCUUGCCUGCAGGCCACCUAUCCAUGGACCAGGACACCACGAGGGCAGGUCGCUGGAGAAAGGGCCUCAAGGAGAAGAAGAAAAUUGUUUUUUGUGGGCUGCAUCGCAUGCUGUGCUCAGGGAUGAGCGUGGCACGCAGGACUGAGUCGGAGUCGGAUGACAGAGUCCAUGUGUUGGCCAGAAUCGACGGCUGGGUGUUUUUGAAGUCUGUCACAGAGGCCGCCCAGAGGGGCCGCCUCUCUAAUUUUGCAGAGCUGAGCCGUGGCAUCCUGGAGGGGAGCGCUGAAAGGUGGUCAGGCUUGGAAGGGCCAGGCUGGGUACAGCCUGUUGCAACGCCGAGCGAGGAGAGCGCCUCAAGCGAUAGGCGGUCUUCCCAUGCCCAGGCUUCCACUCGAGGCACAGCAACCUCCCCUGAGAAUGGGCAUGGCAGAACAUGGCAGAAUGGACCUGGAAUGGGCAGCAUUGCCCAUCGGCACAGCCAACCAUACCCCGGGGGGUCUGGUGGGAAUUCCAUGGCACAACACGCAAGCAGAAACACCGAGGACGGCUCCAAGUCUUUUCAGGAGGCCCGGUUCAACAGUUGGAUGGAUGCAGCCUGCCAGUUCACCGCCUCUGGCUGGCGGCAUGUCUCCAGGGAUGAUGCACGGCCUCAAGGCAACUUCUCGCCCACCCGCACACCAUCCACUAUGGCACACUCUUCAUCAAGAGUCGUGGAUUUCGUGAUGAGCCCAGCCCAGGCGUUCAGCGAGGCUGAGGACACGGCUUUUCAGGGCUCAGAAGACCUGGGACCGGAGCGGCCUUCCAAUUGCAACCCGGUCGCGAAUCGCCCCUGUGGCGAUUGUUUGCCAGCGCAACGCGGGGAGCCGAUACAGUUGAGGGUGCCUGCGCAAGACCUGCCACCCCUGACGCGGAGUGCAUCGCAACCAUCAAUGCCCGUGUGCAUGACGCCAACCCAAAGAGUGGCCUUUACCAUGACACCAUCCCAGAAGGGGCUGCAUUCCUUUGAGGAGGCGGCAGGCUUGGGCAGGAGGAGACCCUCGAGUGGUCGUGUCGUCUGGGACGCGUUCCCGCGCAGCGAUUGGACUGCUUCCAGGCCACCAUUCCACCGAUCUGCUAGAUCUGCCAGCUCGAGCUACAGGCCGCGCUGA